CAUGGCAGAACAUGAUCAUGGUAUCUUUGCUCUCCUCCACCCAUUUCCCCUCACACAGCAAACACCUGGAGGGCAUCAGACUUCCACUCCCAUUGGCAAUUUAGAAUGUCACAUAUCAUUUAGUUUGGUCAGGACACAUUAAACUGACUUCCCCUCCAAGUGAGGAGUGGGAGAGAGAAAGAAUUCAAGCUCUUCCUAAAAGGCGGGGACUACUCCUGAAACACCCACUGCCUUCCUGUAUAAAGGUCCAAGUGCUCUCCAAUGCGCCCUGCUCCACACCGUGUGCUUCACCCAGCAGAGCAGAGCACCUCAAGCACCAUGGCCCUUUCUGUGCGCACAAGCGGUGCAUCCCGGCAGUUCUCUUCUCGGAGCGGACUUGGCGGGGGAUCUCUGCGGAUGUCUGGUUCUAGUGGUGGAGCAGGCUUCGGUGGCAGCGGGCUUGGGUUUGGUGGUGGAGCUGGUGGAGGUUUUGGUGGUGGAGCUGGUGGAGGUUUUGGUGCUGCUUCUAUGCUUGGCUCAGGCUCUGGCUUCAGUGGGGGGUUUGCGAGUAGCUCAGGUGGAGGCUUUGGGAGCAGCUUAAGCAGCGGCUUUGGUGGAGGCUUUGGUAGUGGUUUAGGUGGUAGCUAUGCCAGUGGCUUAGGCAGUGCUUUUGGUGGGGCGUUAGGAAGUGGCUUUGGUAGUGGCUCAGGAACUGGUUUUGGAGGGGGGUUUGGUGGUGCUGGUGCUGGGGAUGGUGGCCUUCUUUCUGGCUCAAAGAAAGAAACGAUGCAGAACCUCAAUGAUCGCCUGGCUGCUUAUCUGGACAAAGUACGAUCUCUGGAGGACGCCAAUACUGAGUUGGAGCGCAAAAUCCGCGAGUGGUAUGAGAAGAGUGGCCCUGGCACUGGUACCCCUGGAUCUGGGAAUGAUUACAGUAAAUAUUAUCCUAUCAUUGAAGAGCUCCGAAACAAGAUCAUUAAUGCAACUAUUGACAAUGCAAGAAUCAUUCUGCAGGUCGAUAAUGCCAGACUGGCUGCUGAUGAUUUCAGACUCAAGUAUGAAAAUGAGGUGGCUUUUCGCCAGAGCGUGGAAGCCGACAUCAAUGGUCUGCGCAGAGUUCUUGACGAGCUGACCUUGACAAGAGCCGAUCUGGAGAUGCAGAUUGAAAGCCUGAAUGAAGAACUGGCUUAUCUCAAGAAGAACCAUGAAGAGGAGCUCCAGGGCAUCCAAAGCAGUGCAUUUGGCCAAGUCAGCGUUGAAAUGGAUGCUGCUCCAGGAACUGACCUGACCAAGCUUUUGAAUGACAUGCGGGGACAGUAUGAAGUCAUCGCAGAGCAAAAUCGUAAAGAGGCUGAAGCAUGGUUCAAUGAAAAAAGCGGGGAGCUGAAAAGGGAAAUCUCCACCAACACUGAGCAGCUUCAGUCAGGAAAGAGUGAGAUCACAGAUCUAAAACGGACUCUCCAGAGCUUGGAAAUUGAAUUACAAUCUCAGCUUGCCAUGAAAAAAUCCCUUGAAGACACUUUAGCAGAAACAGAAGGAGGUUACUGUGCCCAGCUUUCACAAAUGCAGCUUCAGAUUGGGAACCUGGAGUCUCAGCUGUUCCAGGUCCGGGCUGAUAUGGAGCGCCAGAACGCAGAGUAUCAACAACUCCUGGACAUCAAGAGUCGCCUGGAAAUGGAGAUUGAAACCUAUCGCCGCUUGCUGGAUGGCGAGUUUGUGAACUCAGGACAGGGAGUUACAUUUGAAAGCUCAUCCUUGACAGGGUGCAAAUCUCAAACUCAAUCACUGGAUUCUUCUCAGGAUCCUACCAAAACUAGAAAGAUCAAGACAAUUGUCGAAGAGGUGGUAGAUGGAAAAGUUGUUGCAUCCCAUGUUAAGGAAGUUGAAGAGAAGGUAUAAGGCACAAUCUGCUACUGCAAAAGAUCCAUUCACUCCACGACUUUGCAAAGACAAAAUGGAUACAUGAUUUUGUUCUUAUGUAUGAAGUGAUAAAAAAUAGUUGGCUUUUUACUAAGAUUCUUUCAUAUAACACAAAGCCUGCAGCACUUUCAUUCUUAGCCACCACGCAAUGUAUUUUCUGCUUCAGCCUAUUGGUGUGACCUGUUGUAUUUUCACAGUGCUCUUUAAAUAUAUCAUCGAUUCUUUGCUUAAUAACGACAUAUGGAGCACACAUCAGACAUUUAAUGAGAUGGGCUUUUUAAUCAUUUUUACCAAUUAAUAUACAAAAUAAUUUUGCUAUUCUAACCUCAUUUUCCAGAUUUCUUGACUAAUAAAAAGGACGCAACAAGCUUUA